AUGCUAUCUCCCCCUCCCCCUCAUCCACUGACCCCAGGCCCUCACACCUUCCUCUCCGCUUCCAAAAACCUCACAUUCGAAUACAUCAUCCACAGCAACACACCCGAACAUCCCUCCCACGUCAAUCACAAUCUAAUAAUAAUCCACCCCCCAGCAUGGGGUCUCGGCUCCUCAUAUCUCCAACACGGCCUCCGUCCACUCCUCACCCGCUGUCCAUCUUCAUCCCCAUCUUCAUCCUCCCCAAAACCAAAACCCUACAUCCUCCUCAUGCACCACCCUCGAGGCACAGGCGCCAGCACACGCCCCCUCUCACAAACAGCCAUGUCCUCAUUCGAACUAGCAAGCGAUCUCGAAGACCUCCGAAUCCAUCUAAACCUAGAAAAGAUACCAACAUUACUGGGCCAUUCGAACGGCGGUGCGAUCGCAUUAUCAUAUGCAGAGAUGUAUCCCGACAGAGUGGAGAAAUUGGUAUUAGUGGGAGGACAGUUAGUUGGGUUUAAAAAUAUCACCCUAGCGGAGGAGGAGGAGAGGAGUGUUGAGGAUCAGAGGAGGGGAUCUCAAGACGAAGAUGAAGGUGUAGUAAAUGAUGGUAAUGAUAGGGGGAGCGGGAGUGUGAAUCGACCGGGGAAAGAGAACGACAACGAGAAUAGGAAUGAAGAAAGACAUGAAGAUGGAGACAAACAACAACACAGCAAAAAAGAUAUCAACACCAACGUCCUAGAAAACCCACGCCACGACCCCCGCUACUCCAGCACAAGCACACUCAAACUCAACAGAUCCUCCGAUGAGACAUUCACAGCCUCCGUGAACGCCAUAUGGCCGCUAUACUUCUCGAACCCAACUCAACACCUUCACUCGCUACUCUCCGCAAUCGGCGACCACGUGAUGCCGGUAUGGUGUUACGAGUGGGUAUACGGGAGUGAUCAAGUCUAUGAAGAGUCCGGGGAGAUGGUGAGUCGAUUAGGGGAUGUGAAAGCUCAGACGUUGAUCAUUUCUGGGGCGGAGGAUUUGGCAUGUAGGGUUGAGAGCGCGGAGAAGAUGCGCGAUGGGAUUGCUGGGAGCAGGUUGGUGGUUUGCGAAGAAUGUGGGCAUUUCCCGUGGAUCGAGGCGAGGGAGAAAACAUUGCAUGAAAUCAGGAGGUUUGUUGAGAAGACUUAA